GGAGGCGGGAGGCUCAGAGCGUGGGGCGCCGGCCCGCGGCAGGAGCUGUCCGCGAGACCUAGUGCUGAAGUAGGUGAGGACGUGCCUGGCUCCCGGCGCCCGGUGCCAGGGCCAGCGAAGACCAUGGCGUUCAUGGUGAAGACUAUGGUGGGCGGCCAGCUGAAGAACCUCACCGGGAGCCUGGGGGGCGGCGAGGACAAGGGGGACGGGGACAAAUCUGCGGCCGAAGCGCAAGGCAUGAGCCGAGAAGAGUAUGAGGAGUAUCAGAAGCAACUGGUGGAAGAGAAGAUGGAGCGGGACGCGCAGUUCACGCAGAGGAAGGCGGAGCGGGCCACGCUGCGGAGCCACUUCCGAGAUAAAUAUCGGCUGCCCAAGAACGAGACAGAUGAGAGCCAGAUUCAGAUGGCAGGUGGAGACGUGGAGCUGCCCCGGGAGCUGGCCAAGAUGAUUGAGGAGGACACAGAGGAGGAGGAGGAGAGGGCCUCCGUCCUUGGGCAGUUGGCCAGUCUUCCUGGCUUGGACCUCGGCUCACUCAAGGACAAAGCCCAGGCCACAUUGGGGGACCUCAAGCAAUCAGCUGAGAAGUGCCACAUCAUGUGACUACUUCCCCUGGGGUUGCCCACUGCGGUGACCAGAGGGCUGGGCCCACAUGAGGGCUAAGAGUGUGUCUCAACGUCCAGGGACCCACACCCCAUCUUAGUUUUGUUUCCCCCUGUCCCGUGUUAGCUCAGGACCCUUCUCAUCCAUGGCUCAAGUCUGCCUCUUGGUAUCUCCCUCUGCACUGGGACCAAAGUCCCCAUUCCUCACCCUUUCUCUCAGGACCCACCCUCUCUACUCUGCCUGGAGAGGCCUUCUAAGAUUGUAAGAAUAGGCCCAUCCCUCUUGGGCUGCAGCCCCAAGUUUCUGCACACAGGAGCACCCGUAGAGAGACACACAGAGAGACAUGGAAACCAUGGCAUGUGCAGAAGCAUGCACCACAGACACAUCCUGGCAAACACACACACACACAGGCCAGCCCCUCUAGACACCGACACUCAGACAUGCUUAGAGGGGUCUUUGGGCAGACUCCCUCAGUAGCCAAGAAGCCUGAGUUUGAGCCGCCAUGUUCAUUCUCCUUGAAAGCCACUGCUCUUUCUGGGCCUUACUGCAUCGUCUUUAAAAUGGGGAUGGACUGGAUAGUUUCUAAGACUCUUUCUGGCGUGGCCUCCCUGGCCCUCGGAGCCAACCCCACACUCUUCCUUGGGCAGGACAGCAGCUGCAACCAUCGCCUGGAGCGGCUGCCAUUGUACUAUGGGCUCUGGUUCUCGGGAGCUGAGCGAUGCUGUGUGAGGGGCCGAGUGCCAAGGAUGAAGCUGGCACUGAACAGUAGCCCAGGCGGCUCUAGGCCCUUUCUGGACCCAGGCCCAGGCAAUUUCUGUUCUGUUCCCGUAGAACUCUCUCUGGAUUCCAUAGCUGGAUCUCCUCUGUCAGCU